ACAGAGGGUUUCAUUGGGUUCUGAGUUGGCAGUAUCGCGUUUGAUGGCUCUGUCGCUCUGAACGGAUGCACAAUUCCCUUCGCAUCUCCACCGACAGCCUUCCGUCGUUAUACCGCCUUCAUGACGCGACGUACCGGCUAAUAUAGCCAGAUGUGACGAUGGAAUAUGGACACUGCGGAGCUGUCAAACUCUCUUUUGAUCGCGUGCGAUGAUCACCAUGGCAAUAAUUACGCGUCAGAAAAGCAGCGCGACAUUUGCUGCCGUGUGUCGAGCGUGUGAGGGCGCGCUGUGUGUCAGAUAGUGACCAUCACAACCAAACGCGUGGUUGCGUGCGCGAAUUUGUCUUCGUACGACUGUAGACGAGGAGAUGGCCAGACGCGCUUGAACACAAGCGUGCGCGUAUACGCGCGUCUCUGCAGUCGCGUUCGACCACCGCGUAGCUGAGCUUCAGUGCCAUUAGGUGAAGCGGCACCGGCUGUUGCGCAUCCCGUCGGUGGAAACCCGGUGUAGAUGGGUGGUUCCGCAUUUUGAGGAGGUCCCCCGCCUCGCACAGAGAGACCACCCGGAUUCUGCAGAGGAAUGCCUCAACACGGCGAGGAGCGUCUUCAAGUUGCGUCGAUCCGGGUAUUGGAGAAGUGCAGUGGGCGACUGCAUAGACAGACUGUGCACGCAGCGGCACAUUAAAGGCCUGGACAGCAGCCAGUCGUGACUUUUUGCCUGGCGACAUAAACACGCACCCCACCGCGUUAGGGUUGCGUUUGGACGCGCGCCCUCCGCGCAACAGCUGCAAGUUGGUGCCGGCAGGUGCAAGACCUGACUUGAGUACAGGUUUGCCCUGUGCAUCUAUCUAUCUAUCUAUCUAUCUGACCACAGACACAAAGUGAUCCAGUCUGCUCAACUCAAACACACAAGUGUCACAAGUGUGUGAGAGCCGGUCAGGAUGCAGGUCUCAUUCGCUUGUACGGAGCACAAUCUGAAGAGCCGCAGCGAGGACCGGCUGUGCGGCCUGCGAACUGCCCCUCCACCAGGGGGCAGCAGCAGCGGAGGGGGAGGUGGAGGAGGUGGAGGAGGAGGUGAAAGAGGGAGCGGACAGGGGGGAAAUGGCAACUACGCCCCUCAGAGCUCGGUCAAAACACGGGACGCAUCGGGGUCCCGGCCCCUGCCUCAAGGCCACGCCCACAUGAAGGAGGCUAUUGGACGACACAGUAGCAUGAAAUACAGAAACCUUGGAAAGUCGGGUCUACGUGUUUCCUGCUUGGGUCUUGGUACCUGGGUGACGUUCGGGUCUCAGAUCUCUGAUGAGAUGGCGGAGAGUCUGAUGACGAUAGCCUAUGAGAAUGGAGUGAAUCUGUUCGACACAGCCGAAGUGUACGCUUCAGGCAGGGCUGAAAUCACUCUAGGGAAUAUCAUCAAGAAGAAAGGCUGGAGACGGUCCAGUUAUGUAGUAACGACUAAGAUCUACUGGGGAGGACAGGCAGAGACGGAGAGAGGCCUGUCCAGAAAGCACAUCAUAGAAGGUCUCAGAGGUUCCCUGUCCAGACUACAACUGGAUUACGUGGAUAUUGUCUUUGCCAACCGAAGCGAUGUGAACAGCCCCAUGGAAGAGGUAGUACGUGCGAUGACGUUUGUUAUAAACCAGGGUAUGGCCAUGUACUGGGGCACGUCACGCUGGAGUGCCAUGGAGAUCAUGGAGGCAUACUCUGUAGCGAGGCAGUUUAACUUAAUCCCACCGGUAUGUGAGCAGGCCGAGUAUCACUAUUUCCAGAGGGAUAAAGUGGAGGUGCAGCUGCCAGAGCUCUACCACAAGAUCGGUGUUGGCGCGAUGACCUGGUCUCCUCUCGCGUGCGGCCUGAUCACUGGGAAAUACAGCGAUGGGGUUCCAGACUGUUCAAGAGCCGCGAUGAAGGGCUACCAGUGGCUAAAGGAGCGCGUGUACAGUGAAGAAGGGCGCAGACAGCUGGCAAAAAUCAAAGAGCUCCAUCUGGUGGCUGACAGGCUGGGCUGCACGGCUUCUCAGCUCGCCAUUGCGUGGUGUUUGCGUAGUGAAGGGGUCAGUUCUGUACUUCUUGGUGUCUCCAAUACCGACCAGCUUCUUGAGAACCUCGGAGCGCUGCGGGUGCUGUCUCAGAUGACGCCUCAGACUGUGAGCGAGAUAGAUGCUCUCCUGGGCAACAAGCCUCACUCCAAGAAAGAGUCCCGCGCAUGAGGGAACCAGAGAGACGACGCGAACAUGUGCAGCCAGAAAAGACAAAGAACGCAAGGGGGAAAAGACGGAACACGGCGUACCAUCGCUUUUCUGCUCUCCCGUAUAUUACAACACCUGCAUGCCUUCUGCAACAUGCUUCCAGCCCAUACCGCACUGCUCUCUGUAACCCUGCUCAAAUAUCCCAACAUAUCCUACCAAUUAAACAAGGAAACGGCUGUGCGCAACAUCACGGAAAUGCGACGGACAACAACUAUUAUCGUUUCUUUUCUCAGAGAGACUGAAGAUUCAGCCUUCCGUGAGGAAGUACUGCCGAUCGUAGGAGGUGAAUGAAAGUGUCAGAAAGCUUAUUUAUUAGCAGGCCCAGACGGAAUCUGCAGACUUUUUUUUCCAAUUUCCAAUUUAGAAUUCCGUGAAAUGGAUCCAGUGUGAUGCAAUGAGUUGAAAGUGCUGUAUUCUCAUUGGCAGCUGGAAGCAUUGUCAAAUUUGCCAAAAUAUUUAUUAAACGGACACACGCUGGGCGAACGACGUGUAGGCUUGCCGAAUCACAGGCGUUUUGCGGAAAUCUGCGCAGAUUCUGCGUGGGCCUGGUUGUGCGGGUGUGCGUUCAAAAAGUAUGAACGCGUGUGCAUGCGGUGACACCUUGAAUCAAACUCUCUGUUGCUGGUGUUGCACCCGAGUGACUCUGAAAAUGGACGCCGGGUGACGCCAAGCGAGGAUAUUUCUGAGAGCCGCCCGUCCCGUUUGUUGGGGCGUUCACUGCCUGCCGCAUUUCAUUCUCGCGGUGCAGGAGAGCGUGGCAAAGACUCCAGCGUGUGACAGGAACAACAUGCAGUGACUGCAAACAGCUGUUUGGACACAUCACAAGUCUUCCUCCAUUUCCCUCCUUUCCAUCACUCCUUGUGUUUACAACGGUGCACCUGUCCCUUUAAGAGAAUCUGUGCAGUUGGGGGAGGGGCGUGUGAGUGUGUGUAUGGUACCUUGCCAAUAUAUUCAGACCCUCACCAAUUCACUUAACUUUAAAAUAGUCACUUUUAAUCACUGUUUCAAUUACUAACAAACACCUAACUCUCAGUAAACUUUAAAUGAUGCAUAACUCAUCUGUUUGUGACAGGAAAGAUACCUCAAAUCAUGUGGCUUGUUUCUAAGUGAUUUUAAAUACAAAAACAGGCAAAACAAAAUCUCAUAGACUUAAAAUGGAGGGACUCGAGCCACAUUUAGGGACCAGAAUAUCAUCGACCAAGGCCAUAACCCAAUCUUGAACUCUACUGUUAGUAUUUUUGUAAAGUACUCAAUUUGAACUGUUUGCAAGUCAUAUUUUUAUUUUAAAUUAUGCACACAUAUAUUCUUAUGCACAUGCAUAAUAUGUUUAAAAUGCAAAGCAGAAAUGUUUCUUGUCUUGUCACAGUUGAUUAUGAAUUACAUGAAUCACAUACAUGAACGAAAAAUUGGACAAAAAGUUGAGUAGUUUACAUCACUCGAUGUCGCUGUUGAUCGUGAACAAUUCUAUCAAGAAACAGUUGUCAAAUAUUAAAUGUUAACAUUAAAUCUUAAGCGCUGCGCUGGAUGAUAUAAACCAUUUCAAACACCUUAGCAAGAAAUCAUAAUUUUAUAACAUAGAGAUUUCAUAUGAAUUCAUAAGAUGUGAUUCAUACAGAAACAUACAAUAUUCUAGUGAGUACCACACCUUACGAAAAUGAACCAUGAUAAAAAAAAAAAAAAAACAAUUUGUGAUUACCAUGGUUUAACAACAAUAACUAACCAUGGUUUAGCUACACUAACCAUAGUUUAACCAUGAUCUUUGCAGCAAAACUGUGGCUAUACAAAUGGUAAUCAGUCAGCCACAAUAAUAAUAAUAAUAAUAAUAAUAAAACUGUGGUUAAUUUUCACAUGGGACCAAUUUGCCAAAAAAUGAACUGAAACAGCUUUAGCUCACUCUAGUUUAAUUAAAAUCUACUGUGUUUUUUCAUUAAGAACUGAAACUCAAAAUUUGAAUGCAUGAUGAACAUCAACACUGUUAAAGUUGCGAUGAAAUGGAAGUAGUGGAAAACCUUUUCUUCCAUAAUGUGAUGCACAUCUGAGCAAAACAUGUUACUGAAAAAAAAGGAGAAAUGUAGGGCGGGACUUGGUUUUGAGCAUCAGUUGUUGAUUGGAUGUUGCGAUAUAGGAAUGGCAUGGGUGGGCCUUAAGUGGACAAAUGAUCGAUUUCUGUCAUUUUCACUGGAAGAUGACAUCAUGAUUAAACAUUAUGAGGUUAAAAUAAAUAAAUAGAUAAAAAUGUAACAUGCACGUAUGAAUUCACAGCAAAAUCUAUAAUAUGAAGUUAGAAAAAAAAAUAUGAAGAAAAAAUGAUUAAGUCUUAAAUUUAAAAAUUUUGUAGAGCCGUCCUUUGCAGCAAUGAUAGCUUUCAGACUGUGAAUACUAUUGGAGUAUGAAUGCAUGAACACACUGUCCAGAUGUCAUUUUGGCCUGUUUUUUUUUUUUUUUUUUUUUUUUUUUUUUUCCCAGGCGGAUUUGCUCCAGGUUGUUUGAGAUUAGUCAGAUGUUCCUCCUGCAUUACAAUGUUCCAAUAGUGCCACAGAUUGUUACGUCAGUGCUAUAGCUGUGCCAUUCCAGGACAUUCAGCUCUCAGUUCUUCAGCUAGUGCUGAAUGAGCUUUAUCUCAGGCUUCAGCAAUUUUUAGCAGACUAAAUUCUGCUACCCCCCCCUUU